AACUCGGCUUUAGGACAGGUUGCUGCUACUCCGCAAGACACCGAUCACGCGACAACCAGGGCGGCGUGUGCGCAUGCGCCUGGGGCAGGACGCAACUCCGCCCCGCAGCCUGUGUGGAAUUCAGUGUAGACCUGCAGUGUAGGCAACAUGAGACUGGAAGCGAUCCGCUACUCUCCGGGCUCGCUGCAGAUCCUUGACCAGCUGCAGCUGCCGGAGCACUGCCACUACGAGGCGCUGAGCUCCGUGCAGCAGGCCAGGGAAGCCAUCCGCGCCAUGAAGGUGCGCGGCGCCCCCGCCAUCGCGCUGGUCGGCUGCCUCAGCCUGGCCGUGGAGCUGCGGGCCGGCGCCGGCGGUCCCGGGCUCGCUGCUCUGGUGGCCUUCGUGCGAGACCAGCUGAGCCUCCUAGUCGCCGCCCGGCCCACCGCUGUCAACAUGGCCCGCGCCGCCCGCGAUCUGGCUCACGUGGCGGCCCGGGAGGCGGAACGAGAGGGUGCCACGGAAGAGACCGUGCGGGAAAGAGUGAUCCGCUUCGCUGAGGAUAUGUUGGAGAAGGACCUCAAAGACAACCGGAGCAUCGGGGACUUGGGAGCCCGCCAUCUCCUAGAGCGGACCAAGCCUAGGGGUGGCAAGGUGACCGUGCUGACACACUGUAACACGGGUGCCCUGGCCACUGCCGGCUAUGGUACUGCGUUAGGUGUGAUCCGCUCACUGCACGAGAUGGGCAGAUUGGAGCAUACCUUCUGCACAGAGACCCGGCCCUACAACCAGGGAGCCCGGCUGACAGCCUUUGAGCUGGUGUUCGAGCAGAUCCCGGCGACUCUCAUCACUGACAGCAUGGCGGCUGCUGCCAUGGUACAUCAGGGUGUGUCAGCCGUGGUGGUGGGAGCAGACUGUGUCGUUGCCAAUGGAGACACAGCCAACAAAAUAGGCACCUACCAGCUGGCCAUUGUCGCCAAGCACCACGGUGUCCCCUUCUAUGUGGCUGCCCCCAGUUCAUCCUGUGACCUCCACCUGGAGACUGGAAAGGAGAUUGUCAUAGAGGAACGCCCCAGCCAGGAGCUGACUGACCUGAAUGGAGUCAGGAUUGCUGCACAGGGAAUCCAGGUGUGGAAUCCUGCCUUUGAUGUCACCCCCCACGAACUCAUCACUGGUGGCAUCAUCACUGAGCUGGGUGUCUUUGCCCCUGAGGAGCUCCAAGCAGCCCUAAGUGCCUCCGUCUCCUCAGAGAGACAGACCCUAGAUAGUCCCCAGGUGUGACUGGCUGGCCCUCCCUGCCCCGCCCUGACUUCCUCUGGUUUUAUAAUAAAGUUCUCAAAUGGC